AUGUCAUCGAAUGAAGGCUCCGUUCUUGGGACAGAAGAUUUCCAGGAUACAUCUAUACAGGAGUUCACAGUCGCUACUAAUGGUGACCACUCGAGGAGCGACGACUCCGUCGGCGAACCGUAUCAGAAUCGGAUCUUCAGAAUGAGGCAGCGAAGACGUAAGGUUCUAGCAGCCAUUUACUUCGAUAUUAACCAUGUUUCUAUUCUACGAAGGUUCUUCAGAGCACGACGAGGAGCCGGUGCAGCUCACCAUGGGAUAGUCAGAUAUAUAUCAGAGUGUACCCAUGCAGCCUCCUUCAUUGACCGUGUUGUUGGACAAAUGGCUUAUGCUCAUGGCUUGGAACCCUUCGAUCUAGACUGUGAAAUCGAAACUCAAGUACGUCGGUCUAAAGAGCGGCGUUCUGUUGCACUCGUGACGCAACUUGGAUGGAAAUUAGUUGCGAUAUGCGCACACUCGGAGGCUUUUCGACGGGCUUGCGAGGAGAUGGACAGAACGCAAUGGAUUAUGCUCCUUGGAGAAAUAUCGCAGAAUGGCCGAAGUCUCGAAAUCUUUGCUAGAUCGAGGAGUCUCGAGUGGCGUGGACCGCUCCUGCAUCACCGCACUCGCUCUAUAUACGAAACGCUCACUCGCGCUGACAUCGAUCUUACUGCCAUUGGGCAUCCUCAUCAUCUUGUCAGGAUGACAGAUGGUCGUGUAGCUUGCCCCACCUAUGAGGAUAAGCUCCAAGAGCACAUCGACCGAUAUAUAUUCCGCUCUAGUGAUUGGCCACUUGGUAAAAGAGAUCCUACCACUCGCGUCCCAGCGGAUGGCGAAUGCGAUCUCUGUUGCUCAAGGAGCAUAUGCGAUUGUACCGUUCCUUCUCUCGCGGGCGACCUAGUGGAAAUAGUCCAAUACGGCGAGAAGGGUAUCGGCGUUCGCGCAUUAGCAAACUUCAAGAGGGAUGAUAUCCUCGGUUUAUACCUCGGUGAGCUUCGACCCAGGGAUUACAAGCACGACCCCAUCUACUCUCUGCUCCAGCAACCAAAGGUGAAUUGUCCGGGUCGAGAAGUAAUUAUAUCUUCAAAACAGUACGGCAAUUGGACUCGGUUUAUCAACCACUCAUGCGAUCCAUCCACAAUGUUUCGCAGGAGAACGAUUGGUGACCGUAUUUGUACGACGGUGGAGGCAAUACGAGACAUCUCCAUUUUCGAAGAGAUCACUGUAGACUAUGGGGAAGGCUACUUUGCUGCCAAUAAUACUUUGUGUCUCUGCAAAACGGCAGCAUGUCGUUAUAAUAGCCGAACGGGACCUAAUGACCAGUCACUUACCGGACCACAUAUAUACAGUCCCUAA